CUCCACCAAACGAGUAAAAGAAAUGAAGGAUUCAGUCAGCAGCGUUGCAUAAAGACAGAGAGGAAGGAGAGGCAACGAAAAGAUGUGAGACAAGUGCAUAAUAAUAAUAAUAAUAAUAAUGAUAAUAAUAAUAAUAUAAUAAGUGAAGCAUGUAUUGAGUGAAAACAAUAAUAAAUUGUGAGGACAGUGUGCAGAGUCUUAAGUGUCAUAACUGUUUGAAGGAAGAACCGGGGAAGGUGUUGGGUGCAGAUAGGUAUUGUUUAAGGGCAAGGGCUGCCGUUCGCGCGAUGUGCGCUCCGGCAGCAGCAGCGAGGAAGAAGGGUCUCCUCGGUCGGUCGCGUCGACGACAGCGUCGUUCCCCAUUAUUCCCGUCCAAGUUUAAUGCCGCGGCUGUUGCCACUGUUACGACCACCACCACUUCAUGUAAUCGGCAUUGAUUAGGUACGGGAUGAUUAUUGCUGCGGUGAAUAAUUUUCUUAUCGUAAUCUGCAGUCCCGGAGUCUCUGCUAAGCUGGACAAGGCAAAAGAGGCACAGGUGAGAGAACGAGAGCAUCGUCCUGCGCUUCAUGGAGUGUUGAGUGUUGUUGUAUAGCUGUAGGAGGUAGGUAUAUCCAUACCUACUAAAAUGUACUAGUGUGCUCCCUGUAUCUGUGCGCGAGUGAUGUGAAUUGUGAAAGUAUAUUUUAUACGUACAAGGUAUACACAUUAUUAACACAUAGAUACAAUAUGCGUUUGAGUAACCAAGAAGUAUGGUGUCACUAAUUACGAAGUUUGUGUACCUACCUACGCCAAACACCAAAGUACUCAUAAGUUACUUGUGCAAGCAAUAAAAUGUGCACCACGUACAUGAUGCUCUCGGCUUUUUAUUCUGGAGUUGCGAUACCUAUCAUAUUUUUCCUUUUGCCUCGCCAGUUGAAAUACAUUUAAUUAAAAAGUUCGUGGUGUUUUGCAGUGACGUGAUUUAUAUGCAUCUACCUUAUUUUGUGUCCUGAGGAAUAAAUAAUAUACAUCAGGGCCGGCAGUAACAGGCAACAGUGGUGUCUACCAUACAUAUAGAUAAAUAAAAAAAGAAAAGGACGAUAGGUACGAGGAUAGGAGGCGCGCAUAUAAGUACACGCGAGAAAGACAAGAGAAGAAAAAUCGAGGAAGGACCGCAGCGUAUACCUUAACAUUGCCGCUCUGUAGCGAAUUAACAAUAAACAACAAAAACAACAGCAUAAUAAUAAUAAUAAUAAUAAUAAUCCAAAGAGAGAAGGUUGCUCCGGAAAAGCAACGCGACAAUAGUGGCAAAACCAAGCAUCUGACUGAAAAAGAAGGGAAUAUUGCGUGACCAACGACGCCGUCCGAUGUUAUUCUUCUCGUGGUCGCUGUCUCCGUCACCGUCGUCGCAGAGUCCAACUAAGCGCGUGGAGAUACACUGCGAGUGCGAGAGACUAUAGACAACCAGAGAAAGGAAGAAAGAAGAUGUACACACUGAUAAGCAACUAAGAGGAAGAGUUAUCGAACUCUUGCCGGCUUCGCCGAUGCCGUCUGCUAAUACUACACGACUGGCCCGUGCAUCUUAAUAUGCAACCGAGACCGCACAGUAGAAAAUAUCUAGAGAUUUCUUACUGUGCGACGACACGGAGGAUAGGAGUCAAGGAACCAGGACCAGCAGCAGCAGUAUCAGACCGAACAGCAGAGAAUGCCCCUGUCAAGGCCGCCCCCACUCUUGUCGGGCAUCGCCUCGUUGGAGCACAACCUUCUCGCCCACCCGUACGUCAGCUCUGGCAGCGAGUCCAAUCACUUGCCGCCCCUCAAGGCUAGCGGUGUGCACAAUAAUGAGGCUUCACCGGGUCGGGCAGUGCUGCACGAGUUUCAGGACGUGGCUUCGGUCAUCAAUGGCACGACAGGAAUCAGCUCGACAACGACGACGACAGUUGUACUGGCUGGUAGCCGGCUGCCCAGCCUCAGCUCCAGUGCCAACAACAGCCUGCAGAACCUACAGAACCUUGCCACGGGCAGCAGCGCACACGCCAGUCUGCAGCACUCGCGCUCCAACUCUCAGUCGAGUUCGCCCCUCGUUUCGAGCAAGUCAACAGCCGAUCAUCACCACCAUCACCAUCACCACCAUCACCAGCAGCAGCAACAACAACAGCCCUCAACGGGCCCGAAGCCCAAGACGAUGCUCGUGACGCCUGACAUCGUGAUGAAGCUCUACAUGAACAAGCUUACCCCCUACGAGCACCAUGAGAUUUUUAAUUACCCGCAGAUCUAUUUUAUCGGUGCGAACGCGAAAAAACGGCCUGGCAUUAUUGGGACGGCCAACAACAACGAGUACGACAACGACAAGGGCUCGUACAUCCACAUCACCCACGACCACGUGGCCUACAGGUACGAGGUGCUCAAGGUCAUCGGCAAAGGUAGCUUUGGCCAGGUCGUCAAAGCUUAUGACCACAAGAAGCACGAGCACGUGGCCCUGAAGAUGGUACGCAACGAGGAGCGUUUCCAUCGCCAAGCCCAGGAGGAGGUGCGCAUUUUGAAGGCCCUACGCGAACAGGACAAGGACAACACGAUGAACGUCAUCCACAUGUUCGACUCGUUCACCUUUCGCAACCACAUGUGCAUAACUUUCGAACUGCUCAGCAUAAACCUGUACGAGCUCAUCAAGAAGAACAAGUUCCAGGGCUUUAGUCUCCAGCUCGUGAGGAAGUUUUCGUUUUCCCUGCUCCAGUGUCUCGACGCUCUCAACAAGAACAAAAUCAUACACUGCGACAUGAAGCCAGAAAACGUGCUGCUCAAACAGCAGGGGCGCAGCGGCAUCAAGGUGAUCGACUUUGGUUCGAGCUGCUACGAAAACCAAAAGCUCUACUCGUACAUCCAGUCGCGCUUCUACCGGGCACCUGAGGUGAUCCUCGGAGCCAGCUACGGCAUGCCGAUCGACAUGUGGUCCCUGGGCUGUAUCCUCGCGGAGCUCCUGACCGGUUUCCCACUGCUGCCCGGCGAGGACGAGCCCGACCAACUUGCCUGCGUCAUCGAGUUGCUGGGAAUGCCACCCCAGCGGUUGCUCGACAAGUCCAAGCGCGUCCGCCAGUUUAUCAGCACAAAGGGCUACCCGCGCUACAGCGGCGUGAGCUUCAACGGGGACGGUUCGAUCGAGCUAAACGGCGGGCUCUCGCGGCGCGGUAAGUUUCGGGGCCCGCCGGGAUCCAAGGAUCUCAAACGCGCGCUCAAGGGCUGCGACGACCCGCUCUUCCUCGACUUUAUCGAGAAGUGCCUCGAGUGGGACCCGGAGCGCCGAUUGACGCCCGCGCGGGCGCUCAAGCACGCCUGGCUCAGGCGCAGACUGCCCCGGCCACCCGAGCCGCUUUCCCAGCAACAGCAGCGUCCUAGUCCCUCGCCGACUUCCAAUAAGCUCCAGCAGCAGCCACCACCGCCGCCGCCGCAACAACCGAAGAAUCUACCGAGCCUAACGCUGUCGUUGCAUGCGAACCUGCAGACCCUGCAAACGACGGCCCAAGCCUCGCCGCCAGCCAACCCCGGCCAGCCUCCGAUCCAGGGCAGCGCUACGCUAGUUCCGCGUACGUGCGCGUCCGGCAGUAAUCGCUCGGUGAGCAAGCCCGUCAUCGCGACCGCCAGCGCUGGCUCCUCGUCCUCUUCUUCCUCGUCGAGCAAUCUUUACAAUCAUCAGUACCAGCAGCAACCCAAAAAGAACCAGCAGCAACUGACCAACCGGCUGCUCGAGCUGAUUGCCGAUAUCAAGGACCACGCUGCCUCUCUGUGCGUCGACGGCUUGGCCAACGUUGCUGUUGCUCAACAACAGCAGCCCCAGCAGCAUCUUCUUCUUAACAAUAACAACAAUAACAGACGACAGCUGUGCGGGCAAUUGGGUCGGCUCAAUUUGAAGCGCGAACAGCCUGAUCUUUCUCUGCCAUCCGAUUCGCAGACACGAGCCAAACCGCUUUGGGAUGGUCACAGUUUUCAGGAUGGCGUGGUGAAGGGAAAUUUCAGUUCGUCCCAAAACCACAGUCUGCAGGAAUGCGCGAUGAGAGGAAGUAACGGGAGCCUUUCUAAAAACCACAGCCUCAAGGACGCGGUGAUACGAGGGAGCAACGGUAGCCUCGCUCAGAAUCACACUGUCAAGGAUCCCGUGACGCGGGGGAGCAACGGCUGCCUUUUUCAAAAUCACAGUUUACAAGACUGCGUGAUCAAGCGGAGCAACGCAUCGACGCACGAUAGUCGCAGCUCGCACGGAUCCUUCGGCAACGUCCACGACAGGCUGCUCGUCGAUAAGGAUGUUUGGCAAGAUAUUAGGCGCUACGCUGCGGAAAUGUAGAGCUAUUUGCCAGAUUAGGUAAUUAACGUUAUCAUUAACAGGUGAUAUGCAUUUUUUUCUCUCUCUUUUGAUUUUCAUUGUUUUUUUUUUUUUUUUUUUUUUUUUACGCAACAAUGCGAAGAAAUGCAAUUUAAAUGAUUUUGGAAUGAUUUUUGACGCCCCACUUUUGUUUGUCUAUGGCUAAUUUUUACGAGGCCGUAUCGGCUUACUUAUUUUUAUUUGUGAAUUAGUCUCUUUUGUGAUAUCUUGUUAGUAGGUAAUCCAAAUAAGACUUGAUAACGCAAAUAACUCAGGUACUUUUUUGAAUUUUUUUUUCUCUGACGUUUGUACCAAUUUGUUAAUUUGAAAUUCAGAUUGAAGAAUUUUUUAAUACCUUAAACAGUAGUAAUUUUAUACGUAAAAUUAUUCGCAAAAUACGUUCUUGUCUUACAAUUUUGUACCCCUUGUCCAAAAGAAUGCGCAACAAGAAUUUUUACUUUCAUUAAAGCUCACCGGGAAGGAAGACAUUAUUUCGUAAGUCAUUCAUAACUUUUAAUUGAUCAAUGAAACGUUUGCAUGAUAAUUUACAUUGAAAAAAUAGCUAUAAAUCAUUGUCAAAAAUUAUUCCAAUAAACUACAAAAAAAUUUGAAUCCCAGUAAGUUAUUACCUGGCUUCGAGCCGAUUUAACACUUAUUCGUUCAUUGUCAUCUUGCUUCAUAUGUGUAAUGUACUUUUAUAUAUCAAGCACUGAAUCGUACUGAUUAAUUUGUAUAGAACAGUAAAUACUGUUGAACUUUUGUUGACAUUUAUUUUUAAUCAUUUUUUUUACCCAAACGUUUUAUCCUCUUUUUAAUUUUUUACUUUACUAUUGCAAUGUACCGAUUGUAUGCAAGAUUUAAGGCAACGAGCGACUCCGUUUUUGUGGUCGUUUGCAGCUGCGCAAAUCUGUUUCCUUGCAAGUCACGUUUUUAAAUUCGUGAUAGAUGAGAAACUAGAUUUUUCAUGUGAUAACUGUGGAGCAUUAGUUGUAUGAAAUAAAAAAUAUACAUAAUAUAAUCACUCUCGUGUGCGAUGUCACGUCAUCAUCGUCUUGGGUAUUGUUGUCUCUCUAUUUCGCUAUUAAGGCAUUUACGCGCAAUAUGAUCAAUUUAAUAAACAAACACACAGGCUAAUCUACUGCCAUUAGUUUUUAUCAUUGUAUGACGAAUGAAAUGUCACCACUUGACGAUUUAUACUAUAUACACACCUAGUUCGUUCAACUUUGUAAAUUGUGCAUGUGAUCGAGUCUAUUAGGACUUUUGUUUGCUAAAGUGAAUUUGAGUAAACAAUACACAAACAAAAUUUCAUGUGUUUGCUGUUUUUAUUUAGUGUAAUUGAUGAGAAAAAAAUGAGACCGUAAAUGACACGAAAAUCACACGUAUCUAUCAGGCGUCAAGAGUUCCAAUCGAAAGAGAGUAAUCACAUGUCAUCACCCUUUACUGAGUGGAACUCGAGCUUUUUUUUUUUUUUUAUGAAAAAGUUGAAUUAAGUGCAAGUAUAUUU